CUCGCUGCCUUGAAUGUGGGGUUAGAUUGGCGCGAAAGUUUGCCCUUAUUUUUAGUACGGAGAAUGCUGUAUAAUUGAAAGUGCAGUCGAAAUCUCAAAGCAUGGAAGUGGAAACGAACGAAAAGGCCCUUGAAAUGGAAAUCGAAGAAGCAGCCAUUCCGAUUCCAGUGUUGAAAGAGCCUCCGAAAAUCCACCGACUUGACGAGUCCGUCGUCAACCGAAUCGCCGCCGGUGAGGUCAUCCAGCGGCCCGUCUCCGCCGUCAAAGAGCUCGUCGAGAACAGCCUCGACGCCCACUCCACCUCCAUCAACGUCACCGUCAAGGACGGUGGCCUCAAGCUCAUCCAAGUCUCCGACGACGGCCACGGAAUCCGAUAUGAGGAUUUACCGAUACUCUGCGAGAGGCACACGACUUCCAAGUUGUCUACAUUUGAAGAUUUACAGUCGAUUAAGUCGAUGGGGUUCAGAGGAGAGGCGUUGGCCAGCAUGACCUAUGUUGGUCAUGUUACCGUCACUACCAUUACCAAAGGCCAAUUGCAUGGUUACAGGGUAUCAUACAGAGAUGGUGUGAUGGAGCAUGAACCGAAAGCAUGUGCUGCUGUAAAGGGAACUCAGAUAAUGAUUGAGAAUUUGUUUUAUAACAUGACUGCUCGGAGAAAAACACUUCAGAACUCUGCUGAUGAUUAUCCUAAAAUUGUAGAUAUGCUAAGCAGGUUUGCCAUUCAUCACAUAAAUGCUAGCUUCUCCUGUAGAAAGCAUGGAGCUGCUAGAGCAGAUGUUCACUCAGUCGCCACGUCCUCAAGGCUUGGUGCGAUCGGAUCUGUUUAUGGGGUGUCAGUUGCUCGCAAUGUAAUGAAAAUAGAAGUUUGUGAUGAUGAUCCAUCUACCUCAGUAUUUGAAAUGGAUGGUUUCAUCUCCAAUUCUAAUUAUGCUGCGAAGAAGAUAACAAUGGUACUUUUUAUCAAUGAUAGAUUAGUUGAGUGCAGUGCCUUAAAAAGGGCUCUUGAAAUUGUUUAUGCUGCAACCUUUCCUAAAGCAUCAAAACCCUUCAUAUAUAUGUCAAUCUUAUUGCCACCUGAGCAUGUUGAUGUGAAUGUACACCCUACAAAGAAAGAGGUAAGUCUUUUGAAUCAGGAAGUUAUUAUUGAAAAGAUACAGUCUGCCGUUGAAUCAAAAUUGAGAAACUCCAAUGAUGCAAGGACAUUUCAGGAACAGAGCCUUGAUCCCUCUCCAUCCAGUCUUGUGCCUACAACCAUUAGUCCACCUUCUGGUUCAAAAUUGCAAAAGGUUCCAGUGAAUAAGAUGGUACGGACUGAUUCACUGGAUCCUGCUGGAAGGUUGCAUGCCUACUUGCAAGCUAAGGCUCCUGGUCAACUUGAAAGAAACUGUAGCUUGACCUCUGUGCGGUCUUCUGUCAGACAGAGGAGGAACCUAAAGGAAACUGCAGAUCUUACUAGUGUUCAGGAGCUUAUUGAUGAUAUUGAUUGUAAUUGUCAUUCUGGUCUGCUGGACAUUGUAAGACACUGCACAUAUAUUGGGAUGGCGGAUGAUGUUUUUGCGCUGUUUCAGUAUAAUACUGACCUAUAUCUUGUAAACGUAGUGAACUUGAGCAAAGAGCUCAUGUAUCAACAAGUUUUGCGUCGGUUUGCUCAUUUUAAUGCAAUACAACUAAGUGAUCCAGCUCCCCUGCCAGAGUUAAUUAUGCUAGCACUUAGAGAGGAGGAUUUAGAUGCAGAAUGUAAUGAGAAUGACGACCUGAAAGAAAAGAUCGCAGAAAUGAAUACAGAACUGCUCAAGAAAAAGGCUGAAUUGCUGGGGGAGUAUUUCUGCAUUCAUGUUGAUUCUCAUGGUAAAUUGUCUAGGCUUCCUGUUGUACUUGACCAGUACACACCUGACAUGGACCGUGUUCCAGAAUUUGUACUUUGUUUGGGCAAUGAUGUUGAUUGGGAUGAUGAGAAAAAUUGCUUUCAAUCAAUUGCCGCUGCUCUAGGAAACUUCUAUGCCAUGCAUCCUCCUUUGUUGCCUAAUCCAGCAGGUGAUGGUUUGCAAUUUUACAAGAGAAGAACAGCCUGCAGUGGUCUUGAGGACACAAGAGAUUCCUCAAAAGCUACAGAGGAUGAUGUAAUGGGCGAUGAAAUUGAGCAUGAACUACUGUCGGAGGCAGAGAAUGCUUGGGCCCAGCGGGAAUGGUCAAUCCAGCAUGUCUUGUUUCCCUCCAUGAGACUCUUUCUCAAGCCCCCAAAUUCGAUGGCAACAAACGGAACAUUUGUCAAGGUAGCUUCACUGGAGAAACUUUACAAGACUUUCGAAAGAUGCUAACAAGAACAGUUCAGUCAGACGUAUUGACACAGAAAUUAAGUUGCUGACAUGUCUUGUUUCCAUAUGCUGCCGCCAUGUGUACGUGCCAAAAGACUCUUUCGGGGAAAUACUACUGUAAUUCCUACCGGUCAUGGGGUUUAGUUAGGAAUAUAUAUCCAUCAUCUGUAAACAACACAGUGGGUGUUUGUAAAUGUUUCCUUUUCUCUCUUGCUGUCUUUUGGGGUGGUUUAACAUUCUGCCUCUGUUUGACUGUUCUUGCUGGGUAAUAUAGGUGGUAAUUGAAAGUGGUGCUUC